GCCUAAUUUGGUUUUCUGGGCGGGGAGCUGCUCCUCUGGGCUGCUAGUAAAUCCAGACUUUAGGUUGAAAACUUUACAAUCUGCAGCUCUGUGCUCCUGGUUGUUCUGGAGAAACAAACGUCAGGAAGUUCCCCCUGCCUGAGCAGCUGAAGGAAAGUAAUAAAUCUGAUCAUGGCUAUCGUCCUGAAGUCCAGCCCUCUGCUGUGGACUCGGCUGGCCGCCCUGGCCUUCGCCUGCGUGGCCUUCUCCAUCGCCGUGCACGGAGCCAGGGUCAACUACAGCGCCGGGAACUUCUGCAUCUUCUGCUGGGCCUUCAGCUUCGCCGGCACCCUUCUGGUCCUCCUGGUGGAGCUUUUCGGCCUGCAGACCAAAGCGCCCGUUUCCUGGAAGAACUUCCCCAUCACCUUCGCCUGCUACUCCGCCCUCCUCUGCCUGUCGGCCUCCAUCAUCUUCCCGCUCUACUUCCUCCAGGAAGGCGGCGGCCAGGACGAGAUUCGCAACUUCCGCAUCGUGUCCACCGUCUUCUCCUGCCUGGCCACCAUCGCCUACAUGAGUGAGGUGAGUCUCAGCAAAGCUCGGCCGGGCGAGGUCUCCGGCUACAUGGCCACGGCGCCCGGGCUCCUGAAGAUCUGCGAGACCUUCGUGGCCUGCAUCAUUUUUGUCUUCAUCAGUGACCCCGUCACGUACGACCGCAACGACGCGCUCAGGUACUGCAUGGCCGUCUACUGCAUCUGCUUCAUCCUGUCGGCCAUCAUCAUCCUGCUCUGCAUCGGCGAGUGCACCAACUGCCUGCCCUUCCCGUUCUCCCGCUUUCUGUCGGGCUACGCCCUGCUGGCCGUCGUCCUCUACCUGUCGGCGACCAUCAUCUGGGCCAUCUUCAACUUCGACCCCAAGCACGGCGGCUCGAAAACCAGACACUCCAGCUGCGGCACGGGGAGGGGGUUGUGCCAGUGGGACAAGAACGUGGCGGUGGCCGUGCUCUCCGCCGUCAACUUCGUCCUCUACCUGGCCGACCUCGUCUACUCCGCCCGCCUGGUGUUCGUCAGCGCUUGAGGGGCGGGAGGAGGAAGGCGGGCCAACAGUGUGCUCCAAAGGAAAUUGAAUUUGGCCGCCUAAUUCAAGGCUGUAAAUCUCCCGUCAGGCAUACUGCUGCGAGCAAACGCUACAGGAGACAGAAUGCAUCUUAAAUGGUUAACAGGAAGUGCAUCAGGGGUGGUUUAGAGGCAGGGCAGGCUUUUCAGAAUAAAAACAGGUGCAAUCACUUGGUAAAAAUACAAAUCUUGAUGGUUUUUUUGGUCCCAGUCUACAUUUGUUACUACAGAAAAGGCCAAAUUUAAUUUAGUUGAAGUAUACUGCACAGCUGAUUAUAUUUCCUUGAAAAUAAAGCUUCCUGUUCGUGUUUUUCUUCUUUCAAAGACCUGAGCAGAGGUUUAUCAGGAUUGCAGUAGAGAUUGCUGGAACGUGCUGACAAAAAAAGAAAAAAGAUACUCCUGUUUUGUUUUUUUUCGUUUCUGGUUUUACAGAGGAAACAAUCCAAUGAAGAAACAACAGAGCGACUAAAAGCCAUAAAUGUGUUUAAUGCAUGUUAGUCUGAUGUUAAAUAUUUCAUCAUUUAAACUGUCAAUAAAUAAAAACAAAUAUCAGAUGUAUCUGAAAUGAACUUAAGAUUUAAAAGUUUACAUUUUUUAAGAUUUUGACUAUCUGAACCCUGAAGCUGGUUGAACUCAUUUGUUUUUCCAGCUUCUUUUGAUCCAUUUGAUGAUUUAAAACUCAAAUUCAGACUUAAUUCGUUGACAUGAUGUUUGCAUGAAUGCUUGGCUUUUUGCUGCUGUUAUAGUUCGAGCUUCAAUCAGUGAAAAACAUACAUAUAAAAAAUGUAUUUUUAAAAUCACAAGUAUAUUGAAAUCCUUUUAUUUGCUUUUCCUGUUUAGUUUUAGUGUUUUUUUCUCUCCAAAGCUCGUACAAACAAUUGAUUAUGAAUUGGUUCUGUGCAGCUGAGGAAACAUUUAGAGCGAGUGCUUUAAAAAGACGCUUUUUUCUUCUGUGUUGUUUUAGUUUUUACUUUUUUACUUUGUACUUUUUAUGUAUGCGAACCACAACAGUGUYAUAAAACAGUGUAAUCAUGUGUUUUAAUAAAAUCACUUAAAACAGA